UGCCCGCUGGUGCGAUGAUGAAGCUGAAGAGCAUGAGCCUCUCAGCUCUGGUGGUAGUUCACUCUGCGAGGGCAUUCCCGCUGGCAAUACCAUCACAGCAUCAGGGAUUGAGAGCACGACGAUGUCGACACACAGCAGCAGCGCCGCCCGUCGAUCACUGGGAGACCGAUGGCAAGAAGCAUGGCAGGCGAACGCGGAUGGAAGCGGGCGCGGCGCCUGAUUCACCUCCAUCCGCGCUUGGUAGGGGCCGUGAGGUGUUCUCUCUCGCUCCGAUGAUGGAGUACACAGACCGGCACAUGCGCUACCUGCUGCGGUUGCUAACAACUCGCACGGUGCUUUGGACGGAGAUGGUGCCGUCAUCGACAAUCAUUCACAACCCUGACGACCUCGGUCGAUUUCUGGACUACAACGAGGAGGUCGAACACCCAGUCGUCUUACAGAUCGGCGGGUCAGACACCACCGACGUUCGAGAAGCCUGCCGCCUGGCUCGCCCGUACAAGUACGACGCCAUCAACCUAAACUGCGGGUGCCCCAGCGAGAAGGUCGCGGGCAAGGGGGCCUUCGGAGCGGCGCUGAUGCGGUCGCCCUCCCUUGUCAAGGACCUGUGCCUGGCGAUGAAGGACGGGGCAGGGGAGGACACGCCGAUCACGGUCAAGUGCCGGAUCGGCGUGGACAACGACGACUCGUACGAGCAGCUUGCCGCCUUCGUGGAAGAGGUGAGCCGCGGGGCAGGGGUUCCGCACUUCAUCGUCCACGCCCGCAAGGCCAUCCUCGGCGGGCUCAGUCCGGCACAGAACAGGAAUAUACCGCCCCUGAAGUACGAUUUCGUAUACAGACUCGUCAAGGACUUUCCAGAUGUGGAUUUCACGCUGAACGGGGGGGUCAACACGUAUGAAGAGGCGGUCUCCUGCCUGGAGCAAGGCGCUCACGGAGUGAUGGUGGGGAGAUCCUGGAGCAGCAAUCCAUGGUAUUGGAGCCAAGCCGAUUCUAUGUUGUUCGGGGCGAAGGACCCAGGAUUGACCAGACGAGAGGUGCUCGAGAGGUACGCCGAGUACGGAGAGAGACAGGAGAAGGCCUGUGGGGAGAAGUGGCUCGCUUGCCGACGAAGACUGGCCAAGCCGAUCUGGCACAUGUUUCAUGGAGAGAAGGGCGGCAAGAAGUUCCGAGUCGCCUUGGAGGGCAUGCUGAGAGAGGACAAAUCUUUCGGAGAAAUCGUGCAGAAAUCGUUGCUGGCGAUGCCACAAGAUCAGGUGGAUUGGCUUCCUGGAGAAAAUUGGCGUGCUCGCCAAGCGGAAGAGGGGGCGGGGCAAGGAGAAUCCCUGGCGCAAGACCCUGGAUGUGUGAGCUCGUUGCCGUCGCCCUCGUCACGUGGUGUGCCAGACGGUCGGUUUCGCGAUGGUCGCUUGCUCUACAUCGACAAGUGA